AUGAGUUCUGCACAACAAGAGAAGUUUGUUAGGUUUCGGGAUUGGAAUUCGGAGAAGGGUUCUGAGAGCAAUUACCCUGCGGUUAAAACUGUAAGCUCAGGGAUAUUUAGAACUACAAUAAGUUCAGUUUCUGAGAAGUUUCAAAAUGGAUUGGAAUCUGGUUCUGAGAGGAUAAAAAGAUUCAGGACAUCAUUCAAAUCUUUUCCCUAUAGUUGUGCUCUUUCUAGAGGCUUUAGUUCUAGAAAGAAAAUCCUUGAUCCACAGGGUCCAUUCCUUCAAAGGUGGAACAAGAUUUUUGUAUUAUUAUGUGUUAUUGCAGUAUCACUAGAUCCUUUGUUCUUUUAUGUCCCGGUUAUUGAUGAUGAGAAGAAAUGUCUUUCACUGGACAGCAAGAUGGAGAUUACAGCAACUGUCUUAAGAUCUUUCUCUGAUGCUUUUUAUAUAAUCCACAUGAUUUUCCAAUUUCAUACUGGAUUCAUUGCUCCCUCUUCUCGUGUAUUUGGAAGAGGGGUUUUGGUUGAAGAUUCUUGGGCAAUAGCAAGGAGGUAUCUAUCAACAUAUUUCUUAGUUGACAUUCUUGCUGUUCUUCCCCUCCCACAGGUGGUAAUUCUUGUUAUCAUUCCAAAGAUGAGUGGUUUUAAAUCACUUAAUACCAAGAAUUUACUGAAAUUUGUUGUCUUCUUCCAAUAUGUGCCUCGUUUAUUGCGAGUCAUUCCAUUAUAUCGAGAAGUUACAAGGACCUCUGGCAUUCUCACUGAAACUGCUUGGGCUGGAGCCGCAUUUAAUCUCUUUCUUUACAUGCUUGCAAGUCAUGUUGUUGGUGCCUUUUGGUAUUUGUUUUCCAUAGAACGAGAAACCACAUGUUGGCAAGAAGCCUGUCGAAGUAAUACUACAGUGUGUAACAAGGCAGAUAUGUAUUGUAAUGAUUAUUGGGGUGGGUUUAGCAAAAUUUCGACAUUCCUGAAUAAUUCUUGCCCAAUUCAGAACGAAGAUAAAAAGCUCUUUGAUUUUGGAAUGUUCCUUGAUGCCCUUCAAUCUGGUGUUGUGGAGUCAAGAGAUUUUCCACAAAAGUUCUUUUACUGCUUUUGGUGGGGCCUAAAAAAUUUGAGUUCUCUUGGUCAGAACCUGGCAACAAGUACCUAUGUUUGGGAAAUAUGUUUUGCAGUUUUCAUUUCUGUAUCUGGUUUGGUAUUAUUUUCAUUCCUCAUUGGAAAUAUGCAGACAUAUCUGCAGUCAACAACCACAAGAUUGGAGGAGAUGAGAGUAAAGAGGAGGGAUGCAGAGCAGUGGAUGUCUCACCGAUUACUUCCUGACGGCCUGCGAGAGCGAAUCAGACGAUAUGAACAGUACAGAUGGCAAGAAACCAGAGGCGUAGAUGAAGACAAUUUGAUUCGUAAUCUUCCCAAGGAUUUAAGAAGGGACAUUAAGCGUCAUCUUUGUUUGGCUUUGCUGAUGAGAGUGCCAAUGUUUGAGAAAAUGGAUGAUCAACUUCUGGAUGCAAUGUGUGACCGUCUGAAGCCAGUGCUUUUCACUGAAGAAAGCUACAUCGUUCGGGAAGGAGACCCAGUUGACGAGAUGCUCUUCAUAAUGCGUGGGAAGCUAUUGACCAUCACAACUAACGGUGGAAGAACGGGGUUCUUCAACUCUGAGUAUCUCAAGGCUGGUGAUUUCUGUGGGGAGGAGCUUCUCACAUGGGCCUUGGAUCCCCAUUCCUCAUCCAACCUUCCCACUUCAACCAGGACUGUCCAAACUCUUUCAGAAGUUGAAGCCUUCGCCCUCAAAGCUGAUGACUUGAAGUUUGUGGCAUCACAGUUUCGGCGCCUUCACAGUAAGCAGCUCCGCCACACUUUCAGGUUCUACUCCCAACAAUGGCGCACGUGGGCUGCGUGUUUCAUUCAAGCUGCAUGGCGGCGCUACAGCAAGAGGAAGCUUGAAGAAUCCCUCGUUGAAGAGGAGAAUAGACUGCAAAGUGCAUUGGCUAAAGCAGGUGGGAGCUCACCUAGCCUUGGUGCCACCAUAUAUGCUUCUAGAUUUGCUGCUAAUGCUCUUAGAUUGCUUCGCCGUAAUAGCACAAAGAAGGGUAGGGUGGCAGAGAGAUUACCACCCAUGCUGCUUCAGAAGCCUGCAGAACCUGAUUUUACUGCGGAUGAGGAAUAG